AUGGUAAAAAAAACACUUAGAAAAUUGCAUCCAAAGGAAGCUGAGGAUGAGAGAUUGAAGAGAGAUUUUUCUGGUAGGAGAAAUCUUCCACUGGAUGGAAAAUUGUUUCAUGUUAGAUGUUGUGCACACAUCUUAAAUCUGUUGGUUCAGGAUGGGCUUGAUAUGAUAAAGGUGAUUGUGGAUAAAGUUAGGAAUGGUGUUAAAUAUUUGUUGAAUUCUGAAACAAGGGGCAAAGCAUUCAAGAAAAUUGUUGAUGAGUUGCAACUUGAGGGCAGGAUGCAAGUAUUAGAUACCAAGACCAGAUGGAACUCAACUUGGUUGAUGUUGUCCACAACUUAUCAUUACAGAGAAGUAUGGCCUAGAUAUGCUGAAGAAAAUGGAGCAUUUCUUAAUUUUUUGCCUGAUGCAAAUGAUUGGGAAGAUGUUCAUGAUAUUUGCAAGGUGAAGGUUUUACUUGAUAACCCCUACGGGAUCUCAAACAAUCCUCAGUUACAGGCCCUUGCUAAUGAGAUGAAGUUGAAGUAUGACAAAUAUUGGGCAGAGUCUAAUACAUUGAUUUCUAUUGCUGCAAUUCUUGAUCCAAGGUAUAAAAUGAUCUUCAUCAAAUGGGUAUAUCCCUUCUUGUAUCCAAAUGCUACUCAAGCAGCUUCCUAUGAACAAGAGUUGGCAACCAACUUACACACUCUAUUCCAAUUAUAUCAAGACACCUUUGGAGUUAAUGAUGCCCUUAUUUCUGAAACUCUUGAAGUAGAAAGUAGUUCUGGAUUAGGAAAGAGAAGUUUUGAGAGGUUUUUAGAAACUGUGGUUGGUAGUUAUAAUACAAAAUCAGAUCUUGACUUGUAUCUUGAGGAGUCUCCAUUGAAGGUUCCCCCAAACACCAAGUUUGAUGUUUUAACUUGGUGGAUGGGAAAUGAGGCCAAGUAUCCUGUUCUUAGUAGAUUAGCAAAAGAUAUACUAAUUGUUCCAGUUACAACAGUUGCUUCAGAAGCAACUUUUAGUGCUGGUAAAAGGAUUAUUGAUCCAAAAUGA